AUGUAUUGUCCUUUCAUUUCAGUGUGUGGAGACACUGCUGUUACAUGUGGGAGAACGAGAAGAACGGUGUCAAACAAAUGCUGCGUGUUCCCCUUUACAUACGAAGGAAAACAAUACGACACUUGUAUAUGGGGUGGUCCAUCGACUUCUUAUUGGUGCGCCACCACGGACAACUUUGAUCGAGAUGAACAGUGGGAUAUCUGCAAAGGUAUCAUCUUGAGAAAGUUUAAUCGAAAAAAAAAGUAUCAAUGUAACGUUUUAACUUUGUCUCUAGUCAUUAAUGUAAACAGGAAAGUCAAGUUAAAUGAGGCUGAGUGAGAUCUGAGAGAUCGGAAAAAUAAACACGCCCCUCUGGGAGAUCGAUAAAGACGGCGAGCUUUACUUAAAGUAGUAUAGGAUAUACCAAAUUAUCCUUUUUUCCGUAGGAAUCGUAUUAGUGAACGCAGGAUUUAAUCAACGCUGAUAGCUUUUGUAACUAGAAUCAAUCGCAAUUGGUUUUUGAUGUUUAGCUAUGUUCACACCACACUGGAUAGACUAAAGUGUGAUGCCAGCACGAAUUCUAUAAUGUGUACAGUCACGACACAAAACUGCCUAAAAUCGAUACGGUACGGAAUGUUGUACUUGCAUGAAUCGUCGCAUCGCAUUUUAUUUCUGGCACAAAAAUCGCACCGAGUAUUUCGAGAGAUGGCGUUUCGCGUAUCAUAAAAAAAGAAUCAGGUCUUGUUCUCGAGAACGCACUAAAUCUAUGGGACCUGUUUAUAUGAGAUGAGCCAGCCUGGUUAGCCGGGCUGGCCCACUUUACCGGGCUGUCUCGGCUCCUGGGGCCCGUUUCUCGAAAGACCCGGAAACUUUUCGGGCCCGAAGAUAAAUGUUAAAAUCCUAACCUGUUGAAUAGGUAGCACAGUUGCUAGCCCACAAACCAGUCAAUUUUGCCUCUUUAACUGACAGUUUCAUUGAAUUAUUUUCAAAAUUGUUGAAACUUUGAUCUUGAAUGCGAAGACAACAAACACAAAACAGCUUUCCGGGCCCGAAAGGUUACCGAGACUUUCGAGAAACGGGCCCCUGCCCUCUUUUCUCUUAAAAUUGUCAUUGUGUUUAUAUGAGAAGGCGGGUCAGCCUUUCCAUGUAAACACAACACAAAUUUUAUGAGGAAACAAUACAUGCUUUUAUCUAUUCCUACCUCUUCAUAGCAAUUUCUAGCCAUCUUAAUUCUUAUAUAGUGACAUUUACAGUUGUACAUUUUAGUUUUUAUGUUAAAUCUAGUUGUUGUAUAUAUAUAAUAUAUUUUUAAUUCUCUAGAUUAUACGACAAUUUUAUGUUAGCACGUACGUAUUUGGAACGAGCUUUUUAGCUCACUAGACGUUACGUGGAUAAAUAAACGAUUGAUUGAUUGAUUGAUUGAUUGAUUGCUUGAUUGAUUGAUGAUCCAAGCCAGCCCUGGCACGGCUAACCGGGUUGCCUUACCUCAUAUAAACAGGCCCAUAGUCUCAGUGUGACCGUGCAGUAGCAGGGUAUCCGCGCGCCCACUUGUUGUAGCGUCUGCAGCGAAGGCUAAUUAAAGGUAAAAGCAAACCAAAGUAUACAGACCUAAAAAUACCUGUGUAUAACCAUAUCUUACACUAGAAUAAGAUAAAUUAGUCUCUGGUGUCUUUCACAGGCGUGAAGUGCUACAUAUGCACUAGUGAUGUUUCAUGGUCGCACUGCGAGUCUUACCAGCAAGCACACACGUGCCCGCACAUAUACGACGAAUGUCUGAAACUGAGCAAGGAGGAAGAAAACACUUACUCCAGUAAACUGUUCCGUAAAAGAUGUACUUCAAACAAGCUAUGUACAGCAUAUAAUCCAACAUGUGAAGGCCCGGAUGUUGUGAAAUGCGACUUUAGCUGCUGUAUGGGAGACCUGUGCAACUCGGCUUCUUAUGCACAAAUUGAACUUUUGAGUGUAUUGAUGGUUUCGGUUUGGUUUUUGUUUUUGUACUCUUGA